AUGGCUUCUUCUGGUGGCAGUUUGAACCCUUCCACUACCACUUCUCAGUACCCAUCUUUCUGUUUCUCUACAUCUUUCACUGACCUAAUGAGCAGCAGUCAUGAAGAUUCCAAUUGGGCUUCUCUGGGUGGUGGCAACAAUGGAAUUGAAAGCCCUAAACAGCCCCCAACACCCUUUUCUCCAUCGUCGUUUCUUUCUACACCAACUGCUGCUGGUUUCAGCUCAAAUCAGUUCUUGGAUUCUCCUUUCUUUCCUUUCAAUUCUAAUAUUGUUCCAUCUCCAACAACUGGAAACUUUCCUGAAGAGACCAAGUACUCUGAUUUCUCGUUUCUACCACAAACAAGGCCUCUUUCUUCCAAGAUGGAAGAACAAGUGAAAAGUCAACCACAAGACUGGAGCACAUCAGAAAUCCAGAAAACCAAAUCAGAAUCAACACACCAAUAUCUCUCUGAUCAAACAAGGUUAGAAGAUGGUUACAAUUGGAGAAAAUAUGGUCAAAAGCAAGUCAAAGGCAGCGAAAAUCCCAGAAGUUAUUACAAAUGUACCUACCCCAAUUGUCCCACGAAGAAGAAAGUCGAAAGGAACUUGGAGGGACAUAUCACGGAGAUCGUGUACAAAGGAAACCACAGUCAUUCCAAGCCUCAAAAUGCCAAGAAAUCGUCUUCGAACUCUUACAACGAUGUCCCAAUCGACAACAAUCAUUUCGAUUCUUCGGCUUCGUUCGGGGAGGACGACUUUGAGCAGGCCUCCUCGUUGAGUAAAUCCGGAGACGACCAUGAAAACGAGCCCGAAGCUAAGAGAUGGAAGGGUGAAACUGAGAACGAAGCUAUUUCAGGGCCUGGGGCUGGGAGCCGCACGGUUCGGGAACCGAGGAUCGUGGUUCAAACGACGAGUGAUAUAGAUAUUCUUGAUGAUGGUUAUAGAUGGAGGAAAUAUGGACAGAAAGUAGUUAAAGGCAAUCCAAACCCAAGGAGUUACUACAAGUGCACAUUCAACGGGUGUCCAGUGCGAAAACAUGUUGAACGUGCAUCACACGACUUACGAGCUGUGAUCACAACCUACGAAGGGAAACACAACCAUGACGUACCUGCUCCACGUGGUAGCGGGAGUUACGCCAUUAAUCGACCGCCGACGACCAACAACAAUAACAAUGCUAACAACAACUACGCUCUCAUGGCUAUAAGGCCUUCAGCAAACUACUCAACCAACAUUCAAAACACAACAGGACGGUUGGGCGGUCAACCCCCAUACACUCUACAAAUGUUACAGAAUCCCGGAAAUUACGGGCACCCGGAUAACUCGUAUACGAAUCAAAACCGGGGAACAGAGAGAUCGGUAUCGAGGGCGAAGGAAGAACCCGAAGAUGACUUGUUCUUCAACUCUUUCCUAGGUUAAAUUAAAGCAUGAGAAGAUGAAGGGAAAGUGAUGAAGAGUGACUUAGUUUUAGUUCUUGCAUAGGAAAUUGUAUUUCUUGUAUCAUAGAUGAAUAAAAUAUAACAUAUUUUUUUCA